CUCAUCUCCUCCUCGCUCGAUGCUCUCUUUCCUUGAAACCCCUUGCUUCUCUCCCCUCAUCCCCUCUUCGCAAUUUUGAUUUCUAUCAGCCUGUCAUCCCUUUGACGUACCGCUUACUAUCAGCUGUCUCACCAGCACAGUGCCCGUACGCUGUACAGCCCUGCACGUUAUCUGCGAUAAGUCAUAAGUCGGUCGCUACAUACAUCACAUAAGCAGUGUCAACAACACGCUGCCCAAUACAACUCAGUCAAUUGCUUUGGUGCCAGACCAUCGAGCUCCUCCAAAAGUCGCGACAUUUGGAAUUGUACCUCGUCUCAUUUUCAUACUUGAAUGCGCUGAACCAUCGACUUCACUUGAGUUCUAUUGACCAUACCCAUUGAGUUUCCGAUCUCCAAGUUUCCUUUUGGAUUCGCUACCGUCGAGUCACUAUGUCACAAGACAUGGAAUCACAUUCUUCACAGGGCUCUCUUGCCCCACCGGUUGAGAUAUCUGGCCCGACCGUCUCAAUUCAACAUGAAAGCCUUUCUGUGUCACCAGAGCCAAGCGUCAUUCCCGAUAGCCAUACAUCUCGGUCUGACAAACAGAAGUUCUCCUCCCCGCCACCCUUGUCACCGCCAGAUUUGACGCCACCCCCAUCGUCUCAAGUUCGUGAGACGCGUCGUCGACGGUCGCGAUCUCAAUCAGGUCCGUAUCUGGAGCCUCGACCAGACAUGGAAAAGACACUGUGCGCCGCGUAUGGAGCGUCUGAAAACCUCCCAACUAUCGAAGAGAUUGACAGUGCCGAUGAGUCCCGGCUGCGUUCUAUUGCCAAGGACCUUCUAAGUGCAACACAAGAAGCUCGCAUGUCAGCCCUGCAUUUCAAGUUGCAAAACAGCCUACUUUCUUUUGCCAGUAAUGAGGCUGUCAAGCGUGCGGAGGUUGAGCACCAAUUGGCAAGGAGGGAAGUGGAAAUCCUUCAGAGCUCCGAGUACCGCAGCCGCCAUCGCUCUCCCGAGUCCAAGCCGGUGCAGCCGGAUUUAAAUGGCGAAUUGGAAGCUGCAGUAAAACGUAACCAAGAACUUGAGAGGGCCAAUGCCACUCUCGACCGGCGACUCCGCCGUGCUAAGAAGCUCAUCGAGGAAGAGAGAGAAAGUUCGGACUUGCUUCGGGAGGAGAUAGGGCUCCUGAAAAAGCGCAUUAGAGACAACCGGGAGCAUCUUUCUCAGAUGCUCGAACAUAGUUUGUUGUCACCCAGUUCGCAGACGGAUUCUCAGACACCGAAAAGAAGUUCCGUUCCUCAGUACGCGGAUAACGCCAGUAUUCAUAUUCGCAGGGGUGAAAGCCACGAUCCGUUUGCCGCCCUUCUUGCUGCCGAUAAAGUCCUUAAUAGAGAGUCUGCGAGUGUUUCAUCUACUCCAAAUCAGCACUACAUUGAAAAACAGCGAGAAAGUGGCCAUGUUCGUGGUUCACACUCAUUCUCUUCGCUCCCCAUCACCCCCGUGCGUUCAAGAACUGAGAGACAGUACCUCACUCCGGUCAGAAACUCGCAUGAUGAGAGUCGCUCCAGCUUUCCUGAUUCCCAGGAGCGUGAUAGACGUGACAGUGACAGCACGAUAUCAGCAUCAGAUGUCGAAGAGGCCGUCACUGAUAGAGAUUUGCCGGCUUCUCAGGCUAGCACUCUUGCAACAAGUAUGCUUCGCCGCAAUAACGUCAUUAGUCAUAAAGAGGGCCAUACUGGAUCAAAUAUUCCGAGAUCGAGCGCUCUGCUUCAGACAAAGCUGUUUGGCCAGGUGAGGAAGGCCGGUGUUGAGCCUCCUGCCAAUCCCAAACGUAAAGCGAGUUUCAAGGAUAAUGAUUCCGUCUCUGUGAAGAAAUCCAAGGCGGGCAGUGUGGGGCUUGGUCUUGACACAUGGAAUGUCUCUCGUGCAUAAUUCAUAAUUUGCGUUCUCUCACUCUUGCUACGCAUUCUCGAGGCCUAGCAAAGCCCAGUCCGCUAUGAUGGAAACUUGUUUCCACUUCAUUCCUUUCCUACAUUUCCUUAAUCCUCUCUACCACCUUCUUUCUCUCAGUUUAUUCUUUUCCUUUUCUUUUCUUUUGCUGAGCAGUCAUGAAUGAUGAACAAUACGAAUAAGGCUGGAAAGGUGUUCAGGUGUGGCUUAUUGCUUCAAUUUGGUCUGCGAUUUCAAUACUUUUCUGGUAUCAUUCCCAGCAAUCGGAAGCAGCUGAGAAGCUGUCCUUUUGAGUUAUUUAGAUGAAAAAUAAACGCGC